GACCCAAAGAAGAUAGGAUAAACCCUCUCAAUUCCAAGAGCAAGAGACGGUAAUCUUCUUUUCUCUCCAGAGAGCUUCAACAAAAAUGGCUUCUGCAACAAUGGCAUUCUCUUGUUCAUCCUCAAUCUUUGCAACAAUUAAACACUCUCACAAUCAAAACCCACUUAGUUUUUCAAAACCAUUUUCCAAUUUUAUUUCUCCUCCCAUUUUACCCUUUUCUCAAAGGCUUUCCCUUUCUUCUGUAGCUGCUAAUGGCUCCAGAAGUAUAGCAGAUUUGGAGGACAUUGACCCAGAAACUUUCAAAAGAUCCCCAUUUGAUAGACCUAAACUUUCUGACGUUUUGCCUGAAGACAUUGAGAUUCCUAAGCCUGGUUCUCCUGAAUAUGAAGCUAUUCGUGAGAAACUUUUCCCCAAGAAAGACCCUCCUCCUGCCCGCGAAGAGAUUUUUGCUGUUGUUAUGAUUGGUUCGAGGCAGUACAUUGUCAUUCCUGGACGAUGGAUUUUCACACAGAGACUCAAAGGUGCUAAUGUCAAUGAUAAGAUCAUAUUGAACAAAGUAUUGCUAGUAGGUACUAAAGAUAGCACUUACAUCGGGAAGCCUGUUGUAACAAAUGCUGCAGUGCAUGCCGUUGUAGAAGAACAGUUGCUGGAUGACAAGGUUAUUGUCUUCAAGUAUAAGAAAAAGAAGAACUACAGACGAACUAUCGGUCACAGACAGCCCAUCACCCGAAUUAAGAUAACGGGGAUCACUGGCUAUGAAGAUUACCCAGCUUCUAAGCUAGAAGCAGAGGCAAAAGCAGAAGCAGUUUCAAGCUAAUAAACAUAUUUGCUGUAUUCUGUCGUUUCCUUUUACAUUCAGCAAGGUUUCUGAUCCAUGGGCGUUAUCUUUUUUUUUUUUUUUUGCUGAAAUUAGGCUUUCUGUGAGAUGUAAUUUGAUAGAUAGUUGGAAGAACCAUCAUUUAUUAGAGCUACUGUAUAUUUCUCCAACUCUGUAACAAUGGUGCUCAAUUUUGCAUCCGAAAGAGUACAAUUUAUCUUCACGCUAA